AGUGUGGAGAGCAAGCUAUGACUUUAAACAACUUCAUCUCAACGCUUUUAUCUUUUCAUACGUCUCAGUUCAUACUUGUGGGUACCCUCUGAGGAUUUCGUGCUAUUCGGUUAACUCUUGACAGAUCACAGACCUUCUCAGUCCCACCAUGGAGCAGUCAAACUUGUGGAACACCACAAACAACUGCUCCAUCACUGAGUUCAAGUAUACCAUCUAUCCGGCUACAUACUUGUUCAUCUUUUCCCUUGGGCUGAUCGGCAACCUCAUAUCUCUAUUCUUCUUCAUCAGAACAUGGAGAACAACGGUAGCUUCCUCUCCAGUCAACAUCCUUAUGGUCAAUCUCCUCAUGUCCGACCUGAUGAUGGUGUGCUCGCUACCGCUCCGAGCCUCCUACUAUCUCAUGGAGUCCGACUGGGCCUUCGGAGACGUCACCUGCCGAAUCAUGUCCUACAUUUUCUACAUCAACAUGUACGGCAGCAUUUACUUCCUCAUGGUCUUAAGCGUGGUGCGCUUCGUGGCUAUCGUUAAGCCGUUCCAUUACAUCCGCUGGCAAAGCUCUCGGAGAGCGUGGAUGAUAUGCAUCGUUGUCUGGCUGAUCGUUUCCGUGACCUCCAUCCCGCUUCUGAGAGCAGGAACUUCUGAGGGUGAACACGGCCGAACGAAAUGUUUGGAAUUGGACACGUCCCUGCUGGAGACUAUCAUUAUAUUGAAUCGUGGUGUCUUGGUUUUAGGCUUCGUCAUGCCCUUUGCGGUCAUCUCGGUGUGUUAUGUUUUCGCGGCCUUUUAUUUGCUGAAGCUGAAGAGUCAGAGAUCUCAGUUUAAUCACAAGAAGUCUUGCUCUCUUGUCAUCAUCGUGCUUCUUAUAUUUCUCACGUGCUUCAUGCCGUAUCACGUAGUGCGAACCAUCUUCUUGGAGGCUGAGAUGGAGGUUAUAAAGAACGGCUAUGGGGAAUCAUGUUAUUACAUUCAACGGCUGAGAGAGGCUGCGGUUGUCACACAUUGUCUGGCUUCGGGAAACAGUUGCCUGGAUCCACUGCUUUUCUUUUUCGUGGGGGAAAAUUUUAUAAGCUUUUGGCGGGAGAAUGCAUCGAGAGGGCAAAGUUGUAUUGUAGAGCACAAUGUGAAAGAGCCAGACAGCAAGAGAGUUAAGACUGGCGUGUUGUGCUUGGGACCUGUUGGGACUUGAGGAAAAACAUAGGUAAAUUCCCCGAAUACCUUAAGAGGAAGACGAUAUCCUCCUAGGGGACAGAUACAGUACAUCACAUAUACUGUACGUUUUCAUUAGAGGUGAAGCGUGUCAUUUCUGCACUUCUAGUGGCACAAAACAAAAAACAAUUGUAACCUCAACAAAAAAUAUAACUUUUGCUCUAUCAGUGCCAUGGGGCGGGUCUAUCUGUUUGUCCAACCAAUAGCAUAUGGAGGGAGUGCUGAAAAUGGUUUCACCUAAAUGCAAAUGAGCUUAUGUGUAAAGUACAUUAAGACUUUGCUUAAAUCUAUUGGUUUUUUAUUUUUCAUCUGAUAAAACAAAUCUUGUAAUCUUGCAUGUGACUCAACAAUGUCCACACCUUGCUUUGUGUUUCAACCUCCCAAUGUCCAUGAUUUCAGAAUGAAUUUCAACAUUGAUGAUUUAAUCCAGGAAUAAAUAAUCUAUUAUGUACUAUACACAUCCAUUCUAUACUGUUACUCUGUUACUUAGCGGUUAUUUUGUUUUUACAGUUUUUAUUCCUCUGAAAGUGAUAGAUGUUCUGUGUGUGUAUAUCAGCAUGUUAAACUUUGUUGUAAUUGCAGGAAUUGGGGAAAUUCCUGUUUUUGGGGAAAACAGGAUUGAUUAUUUUGAAAAAUAAGGUGUUUGACUGUAAUGUAAAGGAAGUAAUGUGAACAGACAAUAAAUACUGGUAAACAUGUAUUGUAGGGCUGUCAAAUGAUUAAUCGCAUCCAGAAUAUGUCUGUGUACUGCUUUGUAUGUAUUCAUGUAUAUAGGCCUAUACUGUACAGAGAGAGAGAAAGAUUUAGAUGUAUUUAUUUCUAUUUACAAAUAAUUUAAAUUAUGUUUAAACAUUUUUUUAUUUCUAUAUUUUAUAAUUUUCUAAAAUAUUUUUGUGCAUGCAUGUGUGUGUUUGUAAAUACAAAAUUAAUAUACACAGUACACAGGCAUAUAUUAUGUAAACACAAACUUUUAUUCUGGAUGCUUUUAAUUGCGAUUUAUCGCUUGACAACCCUAAUUUAUUACUAUGUUACAAUUUAAUUGAGACGGUUUUAAUGUUAUUGAAUGUUAGGCAUGAGGUAUGGUGGGGUAUUGAGUUGGCAGACCAAAAUGGGUUGGUACCAAUAACUAGGCAGCAGAUGGGACAAUAUAAUGGCUAUACAGGCAAUAUAGACCCAAGUUAUUUUACGCAUUAAAUAAUAUCAAAUGAAAUUUAAUUAAAAUUAAAUUAAAAUAAUACAUCUAUACAUGGUAGAUUCUGAAACACAUAUGUAAAUCAUCCAUGAUCGCAUGGUAAUCCUAAAAUGUCCAUAUAUUGCACAUCAUAAAUAUUGGUAUCACAAAUAUCAUUAAAAAGGCCACAAUUUGCUAACAAA